AUGUUGAAGCUUCUGCUAUUAGUUGUGAUAGUUGCCAACGUACACCAUUGCCUCUCGCAAUCGAUCACCGCUGCUCAAUUGGCAGCAAUUAUGCCAAAUAACAGACAUCCUGAAUAUUUGAGCCACAUUAAUGCAGCACUAGUAGAAGGUUCGAUCAAUACGUGUCAUCGUCAGGCGGCUUUUCUUGCUCAAUUAGCACAUGAAUCAGGCCAAUUGGUUUACAUGGAAGAAAUAGCCUCAGGUGAAGCCUACGAAGGUCGUUUGGAUUUAGGCAAUACACAACCAGGUGAUGGCAAACGAUUUAAAGGUCGAGGUCCUAUUCAACUUACAGGUCGAGCCAACUAUCGAGCAGCAGGAAGAGCUUUGGGACUGGAUUUGGAAGCUAAUCCACAACUUGUUGCAACACCUCAAGUCGGUUUUCGAACAAGUGUUUGGUUUUGGACCGUACACAAGUUGAAUGCUUUAGCGGAUGCUGGAACAUUAGAUGCCUUCAGACAAAUUACUAGAAAGAUUAAUGGUGGAACUAAUGGACAAGCGGAUCGCGAGAAAUACUGGGGUAGAGCGAAGACUACAUUGGGUUGUGGAAGUGGAACAGGCGUGGUAUCAUGUACAGCUGAAGGCGUGACAGGUCAAUGUAUAGCAACGACGUCAUGUACCGGCAAAUCAGUCGCUGGCUUAUGUCCAGGUGCAGCUGGUAUUCAAUGCUGUAUUCCAAGUGGUGCUUCAUGCACAGUCAAUGGACGAACAGGUGUCUGUCGUGAUAAAGCAGCAUGUGCUGGUACUACACUUAGUGGCUAUUGUCCAGGUGCAGCCAAUAUUCAAUGCUGCAUCAGCAAUUAA